AUGGCGGAGCAGAAGUCAUGGUGGGCGGGACCCAGCGGGCAGACUCAAGGGCAGUCACAACCGCAGUUCUCGACGUCGCAGGACUUUCGACCCAGUACAAUGGAGCCGCCUGAGGCAGACGAGGAGAAGCUGCUCACGCGACGGAUUCACAUACUCGGCAUGGGCAGCAUAGGAACACUGAUCGCCCAUUCACUGCGAACAAUACCACAUCCGCCGCCUGUAACCAUCAUGAUGCACAAACAAUCCAUGUACGAUACCUUUCGAAGAUGUGGCAGCGUUAUUCGCCUUAUGGACAUCAAGGCUGACCUCAAUGAUCCUCAGCGAGGCUAUGACUGUGAUAUUCGACAGCCAUGGGAGCCAGGCCAGCCACCGCCUGCCUGGCACUACAAGGGGUAUUGGAAGGAAGGCACCAACACGCCUGCCUACCCUCGCAGUGAGGACGAGGUCCUGCCAGAGACCGACGAGACCUUCAUCUACACCCUCAUCUGCACUGUCAAGGCCCAGCAUUCCGUCGCCGCCAUGAAGUCCAUCAGACACCGCGUCGACCAGCGCACCACUAUCUGCCUCAUGCAGAACGGUCUCGGCCAAAUCGAUGAGCUCAUCGACCAAGUAUUCACCGACCCAGCCACUCGUCCGACCUUCCUCAUUGGUGUCAUCUCCCACGGCUGCUACAUGACCGGACCCGUCACGGUCCACCACACCGGCUUCGGCGCCACCUCGCUCGGCAUCCACCGCGACACCGACCGCUACCCCUUACCGCCCAAAUCCCUCCAACAGACCACAUCAUUGUCCUCGCUCUCCCCAGAAGACCGCGCUCGUCACUACCCAACCGACGCCGAACUUUACGCCACAUCACUCUCCGCUCGCUACCUGUUGCGCACGCUGACCCGGACUUCGACCCUCGCCGCCGCCGCAUACCCCUACCUCGAUCUCCUCCAGCUCCAACUCGAGAAACUCUCCGCCAACGCCCUUCUGAACCCGCUCACCGCCCUCUACGACCUCCCCAACGGCUUCAUGCUUCAGAACACACCACUCUCAACCGUUCAAAACAUGCUCCUCGCCGAGCUGAGUCUAGUAAUCCGCUCUCUACCCGAGCUGCAAACCAUUCCUGCGCUAAACGCACGCUUCUCUUCCGCCCGCCUCAAGGACCUGUUCGUGGGAGUAGCGACGAAGACAGCCAAGAACUCAAGCUCCAUGCGCGAGGAUGUCAGGAAGGCGAAACUCGAUACUGAGAUCGACUAUAUCAAUGGGUAUAUCGUGAAAAGGGGGCAAGAGGUGGGCGUGCAGGCGGUUUUGAAUUUCAUGGUGUGCCAGAUGGUGAAGGCGAAGGUACUGUUUGGGGUCCAGAAGGGCAUUGAUGAGAUUCCGUUUGCAGGUGGGAUCGUGGAGGGAACGACGGUGGGGGAGCCUAGUAUAAUUGCUGGGGCUGGGAAGAAGAAUCAGGGCAGGCAGGGUGAGGAUGGUGGUGUUGGACAAGGACCAGAGCCGGUGAUACUGGAAGAUCUGAGUGGUGAGCCGAGGUGGCAUCCCGGGAAGUUCGAGCCGUGA